AUGGGUUUAAAAGACACAAAUUAUUGCAAUUAUCCUGCUCAAAGUACUGAACUUUUACCUAUCAACGGUGGAGAUGAUGACAGAACGGUAAACAACUUUGAGAAGUACAAAAGCAUCAUGCAUGUCAAAACAGCUGCAAUUCCAUUUAAUAACAACUUUUCUGUAGAUUGUGGUGGUAACCAGAAGGUAACUAGCAUCAUACAAGCCACUGCCAGUGCCGGAAUAAUCACAAGAGAUUUAAACAUCGGCGAUUUACGUUUCAAAACGAGCGUGAAAGCUUCAUAA